ACAAGUCGAACUGCUCGGUCAUUGUGUAGCAUUGCGCUCCGGGCUUUUUAAUUUAUCUGUUUGGUCUACUGUGAUUUUAAAAUGAGAGUGUUAUCCUUGCUUACUUUUGCUGCUCUAGCCCUGAUCAGCCAUGCACUUAUUCGAAUCCCCUUGAAGAAAUUCCGCUCCAUCCGAAGACAACUGACGGACUCCGGGAGGACAUCAGAGGAGCUCCUGGCUCCCAAACACUCCCUCAAGUACAACUUUGGCUUCCCCUCCAGUAACGCACCCACUCCAGAAACCCUGAAGAACUUCUUCGACGCCCAGUAUUACGGAGAGAUCGGUCUAGGCACUCCCCCUCAGAUCUUCACUGUGGUGUUCGACACAGGCUCAUCCAAUCUGUGGGUUCCCUCAAUUCACUGCGCCUUCACAGACAUCGCCUGCUGGCUGCACCACAAGUACAACUCUGCUAAGUCCAGCACGUACGUGAAAAAUGGCACAGAAUUUGCCAUCCAGUACGGAUCUGGCAGCUUGUCUGGCUACCUCAGUCAGGAUACGUGCACAAUUGGAGACCUAUCCAUUGACAAACAGGUUUUCGGAGAGGCCAUCAAGCAGCCAGGCAUAGCCUUCAUUGCUGCGAAGUUUGAUGGCAUCCUUGGCAUGGCUUACCCACGCAUCUCAGUGGAUGGGGUGGUGCCAGUGUUUGAUAGCCUCAUGGCCCAGAAGAAGGUGGACCAGAAUGUUUUCUCCUUCUACCUCAACAGGAACCCGGACUCUGAGCCCGGUGGUGAGCUGCUGCUGGGAGGAACCGACCCCAAGUACUACACUGGAGACUUCAACUACGUCAACGUCAGCCGCCAGGCCUACUGGCAGAUCCACAUGGACGGGAUGGGAGUGGGUAGCCAAUUGAGCCUGUGCAAGGGGGGCUGUGAAGCCAUUGUGGACACCGGCACGUCCCUCAUCACGGGCCCCGCGGAGGAGGUCCGGGCCCUGCAGAAGGCCAUCGGGGCCACGCCCAUCAUCCAGGGAGAGUACAUGGUGAGCUGUGACAAGAUCCCCACGCUGCCCGUCAUCACCUUCACCGUGGGCGGACAGUCCUACUCCCUGACGGGAGAGCAGUAUGUCCUCAAGGAAAGCCAAGGGGGUAAAACCAUCUGUCUGAGCGGCUUCAUGGGCCUGGACAUCCCUGCCCCGGCCGGGCCCCUGUGGAUUCUGGGAGAUGUAUUCAUUGGCCAAUAUUACACCGCCUUCGACCGCGAUAACAACAGAGUGGGCUUUGCUAAAGCUAAGUCAACUAAGUAAACUUUUGAAAGUACACAGAUGACAUCUAUUAUUACUGCACAUGCUACUGCGGCUUCGGAAUCCUCCCAAUUACAAUUGGUCUGUGUGGAUUGAAAUGCACUGAUUUUAACAUUGCAUUGCGUUGUGUAUUUGUAGUCCCAGCAGAGCGUUAACGGAUGGAAUGUGUGCUUAUGUUGUGUGUUGGGUGUAUCUGAUUAGGGAUGCUCGGAUUUCUACUGUCCGUUUUAAGUUUAGAAUAUCGGUGUGUUUAGUUUUUUUGAAAUCAGGGACCUGUUUUAGGCAAUUGAACACUUUAAAUUGUAAUCUACUUUAUGCAAGGUGAUUAGAUGGCUUGCUUUGAUUUUAUUGUAAUUGGCUUCAAAUAAAAACUGUUGAAGACA